CCCCACCCCCACCGCGUGCGGCUCCCUCCCUCGUUCCCUCCCCGGCUCCCUCGCUCCCCCGCGCCCUCCCUCGCUGCCAUGACUUUCUUUCUUUUAGCCGCGACCGUCGCAGGACCAUGCCCAGGACCCCGCGGCCCGGGACCUCGCCGUCGCCCCGCGCGGACAUGCGCCCCCGGCAGGACUGAGCGCGGCGCCCCCCUGGCCGCCCCGUCGCGCCCCGGCCCGGCCCCGCGCCCGCCCCCCGCGCCCACCCCGGGCUGGCCCCCGGCGGGCCCCGCCUGCACCCUGCACCCCUUCUUCCCCCCGUGCACCAUGAACACCAACGUCUGCGUGGAGCCGGGCCCGAGCCCCGAGGCGCCGGGGCUGCCCAAGGAGAGCCACCUGCCCGAGGGCGCGCUCAACAGCCUUGUGGAUUACAACUCGGAGAUGGAGCGCUACCGCUCGUUCGCCACGUCCUUCUACAAGAGCGGCGGCGGCGCCUUCCCGCAGGCCGCCAAGAUCGCCCGCAUCACCACGCCCAUCUUCCCGGGCAGCGCCGCCGCCGCCGCGGCCGCCGCGCGCAUCGGCAUGGCCCCCUGGAGCUGCGACAACGCGGCGGCCGCCACGGCCGUGCUGUGGGGCAGCGGGGGCGCGGGGGGCCGCAAGGCGGGCGCGGCGGCGGCGGCGGCGGCGGGGGCGGGGAGCGCGGCGGGGGCGGGGGGCGCGCUGCUGCCGGGGGCGGCGGGCGCGGGCGGCGGGGGGCGCGCGGGGCUGCACCCGCGGGGCGGCGGGGAGGCCAAGGCGGGCUGCGCGGCGGAGCCCUCGGCGCUGCAGCUGGGGGGCGCGGGCGGCGGCGGGCAGGGCGCGGGCGGCGCGGGGGGCGGCGGGCAGGGCGCGGGCGGCGGCGGGCAGGGCGCGGGGGGCGCCUUCCUGCCCGGGCUGGCGCCGGAGCCGUGCAGACCGCUGGCGGGGGAGUGCGUGAACAAGCUCAAGUGCGGGGCGGCCGACGCGGCCGAGCUCAUGAACCUGCCGGAGCGCGUGGGCCCCUUCCCCGCGCUGCCCGCGCUCGGGGGGCUGUCGCUGCCGCCCGGGGUCAUCGUCAUGACGGCGCUGCACUCGCCCGCCGCCGCCUCGGCCGCCGUGACGGACAGCGCCUUCCAGAUCGCCAACCUGGCGGACUGCCCGCAGAGCCACGCGGCCGCCUCGUCGUCCGCCCCGUCGGGCCCGGCGGCGGGCGGGGUGCUGCCCGCGGCGGCGGCGGCGGCGGCGGCGGCGUCCGGGGGGGCGGCCGCGCCCGCCAAGAAGAAGCGGAAGCGCUGCGGGGUUUGCGUGCCGUGCAAGCGGCUCAUCAACUGCGGGGUGUGCAGCAGCUGCCGGAACCGCAAAACCGGACACCAGAUCUGCAAGUUCAGGAAGUGCGAGGAACUCAAGAAAAAGCCGGGCGCGUCGCUAGAGGUCAGAGGCGACGAUUUCUUGUUCCCCGCGCUGCCCCCCUCCCUGCUCGCGCCCCUGUCCUCGUCCGCCGCGCCCCUGCAGGGCUUCCUGUCGGGCUUCAAGCGGCCGCCCCCGUUCCCCGAGGCGGCCUUCGGGCUGUGAGCGCCCCCGCCCGUGCUCCCCCUGCUGCUCCUCCCCCUGCCGCUCCCCCUGCCCCUGCCCCUCCUCCUGCCCCUGCCCCUGCCCCUGCCCCUGCCCCAGCUCCAGAUGAUGCUGGCGGCCUGCGCGCACGCGAUUGGACCAGCCUGCUGGCGUGCGCUCCCAUUGGCUGAGCGGGAUGCAGGGCCCCGGGGCUCGGGGUGGGGCGCCCGGCCUGGGCGCAGGCGGACCAGACAGACUGGCGGGCGGGCGGCUGAGACAGGCAGACAGACUGGACUCCUCUCCCUCCCUGAAGCGGGAACACCUGUUUUCAAAAGAAGGGUUCCCCACCCUUCUCUUACAAUAGCUCUCUGUCUCUCUGUCUCUCUCUCUUUUUCUUCCCCAGCUUUGUCAACAUGAAAUGGUUUUCUCACCUCCCCCCCCCCUUUUUUUUAAGCCAGACCUGGUGUUUUGUUUCUUUUAGAGCUUAUAGACACCAAGCGCAAAUGCCUUCUCCGCACAGAGAGACAAGCCAGGUCACGCAGCCUUGUCUGCACAGAUCAUACGAGGGCAGGCAGCUGCUGGCAUUUUGGGGGGGGGGGUUCCUAGAAAAUGUUUUUUUUUCUUCUUCUUCUUUUCACUGCUUCCAAAACAAAUGCUCCUGGAGGAUUGUCCUGGGCCCUGGACAAAGUGACCGCCCCCCCCCUUGGGUGAUUGCAAAGUGAUCCCAUGCCCCCCCACCCCCCACCCCACAGCCUCGCUACCCUUAGCACUGGUGCAGACUGGCCCUGGGCCUGUCAUGAUGGCAACUACAAAGACAGAUGCGUUCUGGGGAGAUUUCACACGGGAAUCGGGUCGACAGAGAAAGGGGACAGAGCAAAGAACCCCCAGGGAGAGAGGGUUUUUUGGGGUGGUCAGUUGAGGGAGGAGAGACCCUCGGACAGGCCAUUUGAGUUAGCCCCUUGGUGCAGGUGGACAAGGCAGAGGUCAGAGAUGAUGGUGGCUUCACAGUUGGGACGCUGACGUGCGUCCUUUGGUGGCUGUCACCAGCUGACAUCAGGAGGGGUGCCUGCCCCCCCCAUUCUUUCAAAGCUCCUGAGCUCUGCCAGCUGGAGUCUUGCCCACGAAAAGCUGAGUGUUAAAAGAAUAAGAGAGAGACAGGUGAAAGGUCUUUGUUGCAGGUUGAACACAAAUAUGGAGUAGAGUCAAGUUUUGUUUUUUUUUGAGUUUUAUU